AUGCUUGCCAAGCAAUUCAUCGUCGUAUCGUCCUUGCUACCAUUGAUCUCGGCACAAGAGACAGUUCUCGGUGUUUAUAUAUUCCACCGCCAUGGAGAUCGCACAACAAAGAGCUAUAGUCCUACAUCUCUGACAGAUCUUGGUUACCAACAAGUUUGGCAAUCAGGAGAUUUCUACCGUGCCCGUUACGUCGACUCUACUGCUACAUCUCCCAUUCAUGGAAUCGCAUCCAAUAUUGUCAAGAACUCCCAAUUGAGCGUGGAGGCUCCGGUCGAUAACGUCCUCCAGAACUCAGCAGCUGGUUUCCUCCAAGGUCUCUAUCCUCCUGUCGGAGCAACUCUCGGAAGCCAGACCUUGGCAAAUGGAUCAUCAGUCGAAGCUCCCAUGAACGGCUUCCAACUUAUUCCUGUCAAUGCCGUCCAAUCUGCUUCUACGGGCGCCAACUCAGAGAACUCUGCUUGGCUUCAAGGUCAAAGUGGUUGCAACAAUGCAAUCAUUAGUUCCAACAACUACUUUUUCUCCUCCGAGUAUAUGCAGAAGUUGAAUAGCACCAAGUCUUUCUACCAAAGUAUCCUGCCGGUUAUCAAUGGCACUUUCACUUCUGCCACUGACACUUUUAAGAAUGCUUAUACUAUCUACGAUUUCAUUCACGUUUCGAUGAUCCACAACUCGAGCUCGAGCAUUCCAUCCGAUAGCCUACUUACCAACGAGACUGUAUAUCAACUGCAAACCCUCGCCGACAACCACGAAUUCAAUCUUGCUUACAACUCAUCUGAGCCCAUCCGAGCUAUUGCUGGUUCAACUUUAGCCGCACAAAUUCUCCAACAAUUAAACAGCACCAUUGUCGGGAAAUCCGCCUCACAAGUCGGCAUCCAAUUCGGCGCCUAUGCCUCCUUCCUCUCCUUCUUCGGGCUCGCCCAACUCCCCGCCGUCUCCGAGAACUUCACCGGCAUCGUCGACUACGCCUCUUCCAUGACCUUCGAACUCGUAACUAACAGCUCCGUCUCCAACAGCUCCUACCCCACCGCAGAUGAGAUCUCCGUCCGUUUCCUGUUCUCCAACGGCUCUGCGGCCGCCAACCCACUUACCGCCUAUCCACUGUUCGGACAAUCGUCCACCGUUAUCCCGUGGACGACAUUCGUGUCUGAGAUGAAUAAAUUCGCUAUCGGAGACCAGGCUACGUGGUGUAGCCAAUGCGGAAACUCGACUGGUGUAUGUGCUACUUCUACCUCGACGUCGACUUCGAGCUCUCCUUCAGCUACUGCUAGUGGUUCUUCGUCUUCAGGUGGUGGAGGAAUCUCGAAGGCUGUAGCGGGUGUUAUUGGUGCCAUGGUUACGUUGGCUGUUAUUCUUGGCCUAGAAGCGCUGAUUAUGUUGAUUGCUGGGUUGAGAUUGGUUAGUAAGAAGAGAUUGGGUGGUACUGGGGCAGCGGCGGUUGCGCCGGGGGCUGUGAAGGAGUAA